CAUAUGCGUCAGUUGGAAGAUAAGUGCGCAGACAACAUUUGCAAUGGCUCCUCAGUACGCACCAAGUCUGCGCUCCCGUCUGGCUCCUCUGCUGCUCUUUCUGCAGAUAGGGUUCAUUGUCAUAUAUGCCUUCUACACUGAGAUCGACAGCAAUGUAAAAGCAGAUGGGACUACCUUCAGCAGCUUUUACUCAGACUUCCAGGAUGUGAAUGUGAUGGUGAUUCUAGGUUUUGGCUUCAUAUGCACUUUUCUAGUGCGGUAUGGUUUCAGUGGCUCUGGGUUCAACCUCCUUGUGGCUGUCAUUGCCACCCAAUGGGCUCUUAUACUCAAUGGAACUGAGUCCUGGUAUUACAGAGGAAAGAUCCAGAUAAAUUUGAGAAGCUUAGUAGUUGCUGAGAUGUGCACUGCCUCUGCCCUCAUUUCAAUUGGGACCAUGGUGGGGAAGACCAACCCUGUUCACCUCAUCGUCAUCGCCCUGCUGGAGGUGUCAGGGUUCGUCCUGAAUGAAUGGCUCCUCCAGACCCUGCUGAAAGCCCGGCCUGUCAACAGCAUCAUGCUGCUUCACAUCUUUGGGGCCUUCUUUGGACUCAUGCUGACCUGGAUCCUGUAUCGGGAUGAAUCCAUGCAGCGUUUUGAAAAAGAGAAAUAUGACCGCAAAACAGGAUUGUUCUCCAUGUUAGGCACCGUGUUUCUCUGGAUGUUUUGGCCUAGUUUUAAUUCAGUCCUUCUGGACAAUCGUAUUCCUGGGAGGAAGCUAGGGGCUGUGUGCAGCACCUACCUGGCCCUGGCUGUCAGUGCUGUAACUGCAGCUGCUGUGUCUGUGCUCUCGAGCCCCAAGGGAAAACACAACCUGAUCCAAAUGCAGUCCUGCAUCCUUGCUGGUGGUGUUGCUGUUGGGGUUUCUAUGUCAGGCAUUCAUCAGCCAUGGGAAGCCAUGACAAUCGGAUUCGCUGCUGCUGUUGUAUCAACAAUUGGAUUCCGAUACCUCAAGAUCCACAUGCUGCUUGCAUUUCAGUGCCAUGAGACCUGUGCUGUCAUGAGCACACAUGGACUCCCUGGUCUACUGGGAUGGCUAGCACAACUCGUCCUAGAGAUCAAAGACUGUGAUGAUCACACAACGGCAAUCCGGUUUGCUGUAUUUCAUAUUUGUACUGUUCUCAUCACCAUCACUCUAAGUCUGUCUACAGGAAUCAUUACAGGGCUCCUACUCAAGUGGAACUUCUGGAGACCACCCCAAGACAAAAAAUGUUUUGAUGAUCAGGCUUUCUGGGAGUUUCCCCAUCUUGCAGUUCGCAAGUAAGGAUAUGGAGACAGAAGCCGACCAAGUCUGACCCUACAAGUACAAACUACUACUACUAUUCAUGUCAAUGUAUAGAAUUUCAUAAUUAUUUUUUACUGCUGUGCAAAGUAGUUAGAUGUUUUUAUGUGUCAAAGACUGGGAUAAAUAAAAAGCAAGAAUGUAAGACUUAUUUACUGCUCAGUAUGUUUCUGUUUAAUGCUACCAUGGUUGUCAGAAACUGACCUCAAGGAUGUUACACAAGCAAAUGGGUAAGUGUUGCAGUCAAAUACAAAUCUCCAUGACACACACACACACACAACACCCUAUAGCUGAGAACCCUUUGCUGACUUUAGGUCAGCAGUGUGAGAGAAUUAACCAUCAACCAUAAAUCUGGAUGACUGCAAAAGUUUCAGAGUUGACAUUGUUAUUUCAGGAAAGAUACAAACAACCCCAUAUGGUUACAUUCAGUAAAUGUAUACAGUAUUAUGAAAUAUUGCCCUCAAUGAUAAUUUGUACCAUAAUAAUUUAUGUUAUUUCCAUCUAACAGACAAAAGAACUUUAAGGAUGUCGUAGAAGUAAGUAUACCCAAAGGAAAUGUGGACAGUUACUGGAUGUAAAGCUCCCAAAAUACACACUUUUUUUAUACACAAGUUGUAAACCAUUUUAACAACAUGGUUACACAGUGCAAAUAGACACAUUUAAAGAUGUGCCACACUUGAAAAUAUUCAACUUUCAAGGAAUCUAUGAAAAUUUGUGCUUAGUUAUGAUUUAGCCAUUAUACAGCAAACGAUAUAAAUUAAACAUGUUAAUUUGAAAGCUAAAAAAGUUUUAUAUAAAGUGAAUAACCACUAAAGCGUAUUGUUUCAUACAAUGUAGAAAGCAGAGUGUAUAAACAGUGGUCCCACAAGAGUCCGUUACUGCCAGAGAUCCUCUGUACGUCCAAACUUGAAGACCAAACCCCUAA